AUGACGUGCCUCUCCGGCCCAGCCCAUCGUGUGAUGCACCGCCGCUGUCUGCCCUGCAGUCUCUCACACAGAAAACAAUAUUCCCACACGUCAAGGACUAGCAGCUCGCCAGCCCGGUUAUCUACACCUACAUAUGCUCUGUAUCGGAAACAGACCUACUGCCAACCAACUGCGGCAAGAUGUAUCACUCUGACCACGGUGUUGACUUCCCCGACCUCUCCUUCCAAAUCCCUGGCAGCCCUGCAGAGAUAGGCCCAGCAAACACAAUUUGAAAACAACUUUCAACACAACAGACAUCUACCUUGCCCCUUCACCCACACAGGGCUUCCCUCUGCUUCAGUCCCACCCUCCUUCCUCCUCUUGUACCAUGGACAGCCCUCCUAAGCUGUCAGGUGAAACCCUGAUUGUGCAUCAUAUCCCCCUUGUGCACUGCCAGGUGUCAGGUGGGCGGCAGGGUGGCUGUGGAGCCUCGCUGAAGAGGAGCAAUCCAUUUAGCCCGCCAGAAAACCUGGGCUUGAGUCGUACCACUUCUCUUCCCGAGAGAGACGUCCUUCAGCGAGAGGCUCUUCUCUACAACAGUCUGAUCCAGACUUCUGGGGGUUCCUGGUCCUCCCACAACGGAGGAAGAGAGAGGAAAGGUGGCGGAAGAGGAGGCAGCACUGCAAGCGAUGAUUCAUCAUUCACCUCGAGCAAUUCAGAGGACCAGCUGAUUACAGCUCACACAUUACCCAGAGCCAAACCAAGGAGCAGGAAUCCGUUGCGUCAUAAUCCAUUCCUGUUGAACACCGAAGAUGACGAAGAUGAAGAAGAGGAGGAAGAGGAUGCUGACAAUCUCAGUGGUUACCUAGAAGACUCCUCUUUUCACCUCCAUAGUGACACGAGUGCUCUCGAUGACGGGAUAGCUUCUUUCCACUUACAUGACCUUAGCUUUGCUUCAGAGCCCUUCCUUCUGCACAGUUCAGUGGGUGGAAGCAGUCGGGAGUCCCUGAGGGUUGUGGCCUCGGAUCUUUCCAGCCACCUGGAGGACCUGGAUAUUCUAGGACUGGACACCCAGCGGCGCCACGGUAGCAGUGGUUCCAACAUGUCCAUGGAUUGUGGAGAGCAUGACUGGGGUGAUGAUGAGGAUGAAGAUCAUCCUAUGAGGUGUGGACGAAGCAGCAAGACAGGAUCGUACUCCUCCAGCUCCUCCAUGCAGCACUGCUCGUGCUGUGCACUCUCUCAGAACUACCCUCAGCACUUCCCAGAAGCCUUCCCGGAGCCUUUCUCAGAGUGCCAGCAGGGCUACGGCAGCGACUCUUCUUGCAACAGCUCGGAUGGCGUUCUUGUAAACUUCAGCGCAAUUUACAACAAGAUGAACAAUGGCGUCCCAGAGAAGCCACCAAUCUCUGGGCACACCAACCUCAACAGCUCCGCUGACCACUCCUGUACCUCGUCUGUUUCUGAUCCACCGGGAAACCAGCGAGACUCAACCAGAGGCGCUUUCUAUCUGGACCUUCACACCUCCCCAACUGAACCUCCCUUACUACAGCAACAACCCUCCUGCCUUGGCAGCACCUUCCCUCUCAUCCGCGAACCACACCUUUCCACCUCAUCCACCUGCUCCUGCGCAGUAGAGCACCAGGGGGCUCUUGACCUUGACGCCAACUGCAACUCCUACCACCCUCCACAUUCUGGAUCAUCGGGAGACCUCGCGUCCUGUCUGCAGAGUCAGGCACGCCUGGUUGUCGCCACACAGAACUACUACAAACUGGUCACCUGUGACCUUUCAUCCCAGUCAUCCCCGAGUCCUGCAGGCUCCUCGGUCAACAGCUGCUCCGAUGAGCACAGCAAAGGCAGCCCCACCCCGACACAACCCAGUGAGUACUUCCUGUUCAGGCAGCGAGCUGAUGAAGAGGGCAUGAAAGAAGAAGACGAAGAUGCAGAGCCAUCCAGGCGAGAUGAUGAUGGUGAUGAUGAAGAAGACGAGGACGCCAAGAAGAAGAAGAAUGAGCAGGCAGCUGUCGGGGAUGAAGCUGCUCCUGCUGUGAUUGAAGGCCAGGUGUACGUCAACGUCUCCCCUCCCGUGGGUGGACGGGGUGUCAUCGGAGGUGGGGCAACCUCAGGAAGCCGUCCACGCUCUCGCAGCUACGACCGCAACCUGGACAAGUCUCCAUCUCCUCGUCUCGGAUCUCUGGAGCGUAUGUUGAGCUGCCCCGUCCGGCUCAGCGAGGGCGCCGCCCCGGCCCCGCCUCCGCCUCCACGAGUCACCUCCUUUGCAGAGAUCGCGAGAAGCAAGCGGAGAAACGGAGGCACAGGAGGGUCCCCAUCACUGAAAGCAGCUGCAGACCCUUUCUCCUCCACUUACUCCACCCACUCCCAGUCCUCUGUGGAUUUCUCCCCGAUCCCGGAGCAGCGCGUGGAGGUUGACAACCUGUCACCUGUACCCUUCACCAGAUGUUACAGUCAAGGCAGCAUUGAGCGACACCUGGAAGGGCUGAGGGAGACAAGGGCCAAGGCUGAAGGUGGUCUCUCAAGUUCCUCAGACAGCCGCACGACCGUUGUCCGCUACAGGAAGGACCAACGGCCCACCACCCUCCCCAUCCAGCCCUUCACCUUCCACCACCAGUUCGCCUCCAAGCCCCCGCAGCCCAAGCCUCUGCUGCCCCUGCUAACAGGCUACGCCUCUGGGAUGCAGCCUCGCUCCAGCUCAGGCUCUGGUUCUGAUUCUGGAGGCCCAGUCGGGGAAGACGUUGAAGAUGCAUCUGAAAAUGUGCACAGGUACCAGGGGACUCUGGCUGCAGCAGGCCCUCCUCCUGGCUCAGUUCGACCUUCGCCUCUUGGGAGUUACUCCCCUGUUCGGCUCCAGGGGGCACCCAGCUCUGGAACCUGCUCCACUUGCACCCCAAGUCCUCAGCCACCACACAGCCUCUCCUGCCCACUUUCAGCAGGCCUAGGCCUUCUGCACACCCCACCGACGGGUAAGCAUGGAGGAGGUUCAGUGCCAGUGACGACUACUCCUCCACCUCCAUCCCUGGGGGUGAAGAGAGGGAUUGUGCCACCAAUGCUGCCAGCGCUGCAGGGACACUGUUUCCAUCGUGGAGGUCUGGCCAGUUUACCAGCACUCCAAAGUGACACACUGAGCCCACUGGGCUGUCUGGACUCUGGAAGUGUGGACGGAAGCAAAGGAUCUGGAGCCAGGACACAUAAUGCACACCACCUCUCUCCCCAGGCUCUCAAAUGGAGGGAGUACCGUCGUCGAAACCCUCUGGGAAUGGAGAGAGUCUCAGGGGGGCACACUGGCAGCCUGGAACCCAGAAGGGGUAGCGGCCCACGACCUGCUAGACGGAACGUGUUCGAUUUUCCCUCAGCCCUCUCUGGCCACACACUGGGACGGCUCAAUGUGGGUCAAUCAGCUAAGCUGCAGCACAGCUACAGCGACUUCCUGCCAGACUACUUCUCCCUGACCGAGAAGCCUCCGGAGGAGUUCUGCCUCUCCCCCGACGCUUCAACUUCCUCCUCCUCCUGCUCUUCUUCACACAUCUCUGUGGACCUGACACAGAAGAGAGGUUUGGUGAAAGCCGUGAACACAGCAGUGGAUCUGAUUGUGGCACACUUUGGCACCAGUCGAGACCCAGACGUGAAGGCUAAGCUGGGAAACAGUUGGGUGAGUCCCAACGUGGGUCACCUCAUCCUGAAGUACCUGUGUCCUGCCCUCCGUGAGGUGCUACAGGAUGGUCUGAAGGCCUAUGUGUUGGACUUGAUCAUAGGACAGCGUCGCUGUCAACCCUGGAGCGUGGUGGAGGCCUCGACACAGCUGGGUCCGUCAACACAUGUUCUCCACAGCCUGUUCUCAAAGGUGAGCCAGUACUCUGAGCUCACCAGUCACAGCAUGAGACUCAACGCCUUUAUCUUUGGCCUGCUCAACCUGAAAUCUUUGGAAUUCUGGUUCAGUCACCUCUACACACAUGAAGAUAUUAUAGCAGCACAUUACAACCCCUGGGGUUUCCUUCCCCUGUCACAGGGGGCGUGCCAGCCACUCUUUGAGGAGCUCCUCCUCCUACUGCAGCCACUGUCGCUCCUCCCCUUUGACCUGGAUCUGCUCUUUGAACCACACCUACUCCAAAAGGGCAAGGAGCACCUCCGUCGUAAGGAGCAGCUGUGCUCCGCAGGCCAGAGUGUGGACCAGUCGACUCGUUCCACCUUCCAGCUAAUGAGAGGAUGGAGCACCACUGUAAGCGAAAUGGUCAGAGACUCAAGUUCAGAGGUAAAGAAAGACAGGGCGGUGCUGAGACGAGAGGGAACAUGGCCAAGGAUGGAAGGUGUCGGGUCAAGAAGAGAGGGAACGGGAUUGAAUCCAAGAUUGAAGAAAGAGGGGGCAACAACGGAGAGCAUGACUGCCAGGCCUGCUAGCAGACAGACAAUGAUGGAAGUAGGGUUCGCCAAUCUCUGGAAAGAGAGGGGGAUGAGUGGGCAGAGAGUGAAAGGUGUAGGACAAGAGAGCCAAGGAGAAGGUGAGGAUGGACACGAGAAGGACAUGAGGAAAGAAAAAGAGAGGGAUAUGGCAGAGGAGGGGCGUCAGCGGCAAGAGAGACAGGCAGGUUGGUGGUACCAACUCAUGCAGUCCUCCCAGGUUUACAUUGACCAAUCUACAGCGGGGGCAAAGUUUGUUAAGACUGAAAAGAGGAAGAAGUCAUCAGAGAGGCGACGUGGCCAGCUACCGCCAACCAGGGAGGGAGUGGUGGAGGGGGCCGAGUCAAGCCAAGAAGGGGAGGGGUACAGGAGCAGGAAAAGCAGCAGCAGCUCUAGCAGGGAGUCAGCUGGAUCCAGGGGAAGGCCAUCAUGGAUGGGCAGCCCACCAGAGUCCAUUGUCAGCCAGGAGAAAGAGAUCAAACCUCCUAAGGUAGCAGGUACAGGAGCCCAGGUAGCAGCCCAAGUGGAAAGCCCCUCUCAGGGACAAAGUCUGCGCUGGAGCAGGCUCUUUGGAUCUAGUGUUGGUUCUCCUUCAAGGGGGGAGGGAGCUGAACAAAGGACAAAAGCUCCAACGACAAGGCCACCAUCAGGUUGGCUUUCUCUGGAUAGGUCUGUUCUUGACCUUGUAGCUCAGACUAUUGGAGCAGGGAGUGGGAAGAAGGCAGAGCCUCCAGUCACUCCCACUCACACCCAAACUACACCUCCACCGAGGUCAACCCAACCAACUGAAAUCAAACAAGUGUCUCCAUGUGAAGUACGAGCAUUGUGCCACCACAUAGCCACCGAGCCCGGCCAGCUGAGCUUCAACAAGGGUGAUACCCUAAGAGUCCUGAGCAAGGCCGAUCCAGACUGGCUGCUGUGCUCGCUGGGCUCCACACAGGGCUUGGUUCCCAUCAUCUAUGUGACCCUCAAAAACAUGGAUGAAAGCCAGGAUGCCACUGGACUCGGACAGUGCUGAGCCAAAACUUCUCUAAGCGGAGUUCAUGCGAGAUGAAGGCAAACUGCUUUGAAGACACACAAGACUGCCACAUAACUACUGAAAACAAAAAACUGUUGAGAUAACAUUGGGGACAAUUCCCAAAAAAACAAAACAAACAAAUAAAAAAAAACAUGGUAGAAAAUAUGAUCAUAAAGACGAUGUACACACACAUGCGAGGGAAGCAUGCAGGCUUGAACACAAACUCACAUCCACUUCAAGGGUACAUCCAGACAAGUAUGCAUGCAUACAUCCAAAAACCAAAAGACCAGACAAGAAACAAACCCAAAGACACUCCAACGGGCUUCUCUCUCUGCGUGAAGCUGUGCUACUAGCUUAACUAUGUGACUGUCCAGUCUAUAUAUCAUCCAUCUCUACUUCCAAGAAAACAAAGAGGCUAUUCACAGAUGGGAGACUUCACAAUAUAAUAUAUACUAUACCUAGCUGCACUUGGCUGUACUGUCUAUAUGUUCACCUAGCUGUGCCACACUUUGAACACAGCGGUUAAUUAUUUCCCCCCCAGUCGAACGCCGGAGUAGGUUUGAUGUCCUGUUGCUUACUUGGUGGCGAUUGAUUUUUUUUUAUUCAUGUAUAAACCGGUGAAUCCUUGCUUUUUUUUUUUGGUGAGAUGUAAGGUGGUUGAUGUAAAAGCAAAAAGCUGUCCACUCCAGUUGCAGAGGGUGUGAUUCAGCUUGUUGUCAUUAGAAGUGUAGAAAACCACACAGGAGUGUGUUUAGACGGCUGUUCAACCCAAGUGAAAAGCAAAGGGGAUAUUUCAUAGCCUUUUCCCCCCCUCUCCCUUCCCUCACAAGACCUGCCACAGCUGGGAUGAACUGACUUUGUUUAACUGCAUGUAAUCUUUGCCAAAAUGUUGUCUUUUCCUCCUACAACCCUGUAUCACACGUGUUCCUGCAGUAUCCUGCCUCCCUCACCUAUCCCAACCACCCCCAAAACCUCCCAUCAAAAAGACACCUCACGGCUUCUGAGGAGGACACACCCAAGCGCUGUACAUGUGCAUUUUGAUCUACUGGUACAUAAUGUAAAUGCAUAUAUGACUUACACAUGUGGUGAGUUCUAUUUAUUUAUUGACCAGUCCAAUUAGCUGAGGGAAGCAUCUAAAAUGGACGGUUUCAGAAAAUAAGGAAGGAUGUCCAAUGAAAGCAAAGCCGAGCUGUGGAGAUGUGUGGAGGCCUUUUUGAAUGUGUUGGGGAUCCAGCCUGGAAACUCUUAGCUAACAAAAUGAUUGCUAAUUAGUUGGAUGUGUUGCCUUUAGAGAGAGGUAACCGAUCUUAGUUAUGCCUUAUAGUGCUCGAGGUAAAAAGGGAGAAUUGCCCUGUUAGACACUUAAAGGCUGGCAUUAUAUUUUGUAUAUGCUAUAACGUGUCUAACCUGAUGUCUCCCACAGAUUUAUGUCUACAGAGAUUCUUGUUGACUUCUGCGACAAGUAUUGCGCAGAUAUAGAGAUGAUAUAGAGGUGAUAUUUUUUGAUGCUUAAAGGAAAAACCCCAACACAUUUUGUCAUGGUUGCUAUGUACAUGCUACCUGUCACGCCCAGGUGUCAAACGUGGCCUUAGGAUCAAAAUGAGUUGACAAAUAACUAAAAUUAUUGCCAUAGCCCAAAUAUUACACGUUAUAAAAUCAGUGUACAUUUAUUAAAUAAAUGAAUGAUUGUGUAGUUUUUGAAAAACUUACAUAGGAUGUAAUUUUUUUCGUUGCAUUAUUGUACAGUCUGUACAGUCCUUUUGAUUUCAGCGUAAACAAUUUUCAUUGAAUUGUAAAUAUAUUUAAAUCCUUCAAUUGUUAAGUUUUGCCAUAGAGUUAUACGUAUGAAUGUUAUUGCUGGUUUAUUAAUUAUGUUUAAUACAGGAAGCAGGUAUAAGCUUUAGUUUCAGUGCUAACAACCAUGAUGACAGUUGGCCGUGGUAGUGCGAGGUAUAAUAAAGGAGUUAUUAUAUUAUUAAGGGUCAUUUUCAGUCCUCCAGGCAGUUUGCUGUUCAUUGGCAUCCUGUUCACAUGUGGCAGACAGAAACAAACACAUAGUAGUGAUGAAAGCAGAGAGACGUGGAGGCUCAGGGCUAAGAGGCAAAGACAGAUUCCGUUUUAAUUUGCCGUUUGAUUAAAGUCGUGCUGCUUUAAAAUGCUACACAUGUAGGAGUGACAUAAAAGAGAGAGAGAAAGAAGCUGUGUGCCUUCUUUCUUUCUUUCUUUGUCUCUGUUCUGUUUUUAUCUGCUUUCUCUCUCCCUGGCUGCCUCCUCCUGCCUGUAAAUACCUUCCGCAUCAGCGACACUGCUCUUCUCUCUGUGUCCACGCUAUAUGAUGUAUAAGUAUGACAUUAUCAAACUACUAUGGAUGUUAAAUAACAAAGUGCUCAUGUGAUCACAAA